CUCAAAAGACCAAGAGCAGUACUGCAGAAAAAUUCAAAAACGUUUUAAAUUUAACCAGUUUUUCUUUUGGAGAGUUUUCUGUAGUUUUUGAUAGUCUUUUCUCUUCUGCCUGCUUCUUCGGCAUUUUCACGAGAUAGGACACAUAUCUGGAAAGGGUGUUUGUAACUGCUGCGGUGCAGCACUUGAUGGCUCGUUGAUGAUUGAAACGCUGCCAGAAUGACGAUCGGAACGUUCACUGAUGAUGAUCGCGUUCAGUUAGAUCGUCUGGAGAUCGAGAACUUCAAAUCCUACAAAGGGAAUGUUACGAUCGGACCGCUUAAAUCAUUCACAGCCGUCAUCGGCCCGAAUGGCUCGGGAAAAAGCAACUUUAUGGAUGCCAUCAGCUUUGUCUUUGGAGAACAAGCCCGUAGCCUUCGUGUUAAAAAACUGAAUGAAUUGGUUCACGGAUCCAACGUCAACGAUCCCGCGGCUAAAACCUGUUCAGUCACGGCUGUUUUGCGGAUCGGCGAGGAAGAUGAGAAGCGCUUUCAGCGAACGGUUCGCGUUUCUGCGGGAACAGACGCCACUUCUGAAUAUCGCAUCGAUGGCAAGAGUGUGAGCAACAAGCAGUACAUUGAGUCCCUGGAGGAGUACAACAUCGUUAUCAAGCCGCGGAACUUUUUGGUCUUCCAAGGCCAAGUGGAGCUGAUCGCCACGAUGGAUCCCAAGCAGCGCACACAGCUGAUUGAGAAGAUUAGUGGCUCCGGCGAUCUCAAAGAUGACUACGAGCGCCUGGCUAAAGAGCAGGAAGCCGCUCAGGAAGAAAUGCGCAAGGCGUUCAACAACAAAAAGGAAGUGGCUGUCGAAGAAAAGGAAGCGAAAGAGGAGAAGAAGCUUGCCGAUGAUUACGACAAACGCUUGAAGGAACUGCAAAAAGAACGAUCGACGCUGCAACAGUUUGAGAUCUACCACAAGGAGCGUGAAAUGGACGACAUUAAGAAAGAAGUUCGUCGACAGAAACAAGCGGCAGACGCACUGGAAGAUGAGCGUAAAGAAAUGGAGGACCGAUUGAAGAAAGCCAAGGGAAAGGCUGGGGAGAAGAACAAACAGUUGAAUAAACUGGACCAGGAAAUUCGUAAUGCGGAAGGUGAGGUGUCUAAAGCCAAGCCCAACCUCAUCGCAUUAAAGGCUAAGAUUGAACAUCUCCAGCAGAAGGAUAGUGCGGAUGUACGGAUGCUGGAAACCCUGAUUUCGAAUCGCGAUCAAGCAGCAGCAGAUAUUGCUCGAUUGGAAGAAGAAAUUCAUGAUGUCAAACAAGCCAAAGAAGACUUCCAAGAGUCAGUUUCCUCUCAGACUCAAGAAUCACAGCAUCUAACCCAGUUGUCACCGGCACAGUUAAACGAGUAUCACCGUUUAAAACAAGAGGUAGCGCGCCAGAUGAAGGAUCGCAGUCAAGAGAUGGAACUCUUGCGGCAAACGUAUCGUAAAGACCAAGAAAGUUAUAAGAACGAACAGCACGCCUUGGAGGAGUGCAACAAUGAACUUAAGCGGAAACGCAAAGAGAAAACGGACGCUGCGGGACGAAUGCAGCGGCUGCAGACCCAUAUCCAGGAUUCUGAAGAGAAUCGGGAUAAACUGAAAGCAGACAUCGACGAGCUUAAGGAGUCCACGGAAAAUAUUGAGCCGCGAAUGAUUGAAAUUCAGGAGCGUUUACAGAAUAUUGCGCAGAAGCUGGCGGAGUUCCGCGUGGACGAACGGGAAACAGCGCGCAAAGCUAAGAAAGAGGAAUUGAUCAAUAAACUUCGCCAACUUUAUGGUGACGAAGUGAUUGGUCGACUUGUGGAUCUGUGCCAUCACUCCCAUGAACGCUAUCAAUUGGCUGUGACCAAGAUCCUCGGCAAGUACAUGAAUGCCAUUGUUGUCACCACCCGGCAGAUCGCCACGCAGUGUAUCGCUUACAUGAAACAGCAAGAAAUCGAACCCGAGCAGUUUCUGCCGCUGGAUAAUUUGGAGAUUAAACCAAUCGCUGAACAUUUGCGGUCAAAAGAUCCCGAUCGGCUGAAGCUGGUGAUCGAUGUUAUCCAAGUGACACAUCAUGACAAACAAAGCGUCAUGAAGGCCUUGAAAUUCGCCUGCAGCAGUAGUCUGACUUGUCAGGAUGCCAAAUAUGCCCGGGAAUUGGCAUACAGUAGGGAUCGGUACCAGGUGGUCACCUGGACAGGGACGUUGUUUGAUAAGAGCGGAAUUAUUUCCGGUGGAGCUGCUGAACUGAAGGCACGUGCUAAGCGUUGGGAUGAGAAAGAGCUAAAUAAGUUGCGAACUGAACAAACCAAGCUGACCGACGAACUGCGCGCUUUAAUGGUGAAACAACGGAAAGAAGCGGAGAUUCGUGAAAUGGAACCCAGAUUGAAGGGAAUGUCUGCGCGUUUGAAGUAUGCUCAGAAGGAAAUGGAAGAGCUAGAACAGCAACAAGAAACUCUGGGCCAAAACAUCGAACAGUUGGAAGCUAAGGCGGCAACUCUUGCGGAUCGAGUAAAGGCGGCACAGAAAAAAGUGCUGGCUUCCGAGAAAAAGAAGAACGACCUCCAGGCACAGCUUAAUACACUGGAGGACGAUAUUUUUGCUGAAUUCUGUCAGGAUGUUGGGGUACCAAACAUCCGGCGUUACGAAGAACGAGAGGAAAGUGAACGACAGCAGCGCACUGAUCGCGUAUUUGAAUUUGAUCAGCAGAUCAACAAACUCAACCAGAAGCUGAUCUUUGAAAAGCAGCAGCUGCAAAAGUUAACCGAUAAAGUUGAGAAGUGUGAAAAGGGUCUGGAAAAACUCCGUAAGGAUCUUGACGCCGCUCAAGAGGACGAAAAGGCCAAAGAAAAGAUUGUGGAAGCAGCGGAAAAAGUGCUGGAAGAUCUAAAGGAGCAGCGAAACGAUAUCAAAAAAGAAGCCGACGAGCGGGAGUCGGAGGCGGAUGAAUUGAAGAAAGAGUUCGCAUCCAUCACCAAGAAACAUCAGACGGUGACACGGCAGAUUGCUGCUGAAGAAACCAAACGUGAGCAGCUACGCUUGGAACGGCGCGCCAUCUUGCAGCACUGCAAGAUGCACAAUAUCACCUUACCAUUUGAGCGCGGUUCCAUGGAAGACAUCAACGUCGCCGUGGUGACUGCCACCCAGGACGCCUCCAUGGAGCAGGCCAGCCAGGAGUCCAUUAAUACGCAGAGUUUCGAAGACCGUGAAGCCAACAUUAAAAUCGACUAUAGUGGUCUUCCGGAGCGCCUUAAACGGCAAUUUGACGCAGCGGAACACCGUCGCGAAGUGGAGCGGAUGCAGAGAAUCAUCAAGGAAGCCGAAGCAGAAAUGGACAAAUUGGCACUGCCCAAGGCUAACGCGUCGGAGCGACUGGGUGAGAUCAAAACCAAAGUGCGCCAGUUCACUCAUGAGCUGGAUGAAGCACGGGAACGGGUGGUGAACGUCAACAAUCAGUUUGAUGAAGUGAAGCGGGAGCGGUAUAAGAAAUUCACCGAAUGUUUGGACACUAUUGCAAAUAGUAUUGAUCAGAUCUACAAGGAGCUGGUGGAUGAGAAAAGCGCUCAAGCUUUCCUAAAUGCCGAUAAUCAAGAAUCGCCCUUCAGCGGUGGAGUGAACCUGAGUCUGGUGGUGCCGGGAAAGAAUUACCGCACUAUUGAAAGCCUUUCCGGUGGCGAGAAGACUCUGGCGUCUUUGUCACUGCUUUUCGCUAUUCACGCCGCACAUCCGUCACCCUUCUUCAUCAUGGACGAAAUUGACGCCGCACUGGACAACGCCAAUAUUGGACGAGUGGCGCAGUUCAUGAGGAAGAAAUCCCGCGAUGAAUUUCAGAUCAUCAUUAUUUCCCUUAAGGAGGAAAUGUACCAGCACGUGGACGCACUAGUCGGCAUUUAUCCGGAGCCUGGAGACGUAUGCAUAAGCCGGAAUAUGACACUGGAUCUCAAUCAGUACGACCGUGUUCCCAAAUCGAAGAAGUAAACGCCAUUUUGUUCUUUGUUUUAUUUAAUUUUAAAUGUACAGUGCAGCACAAAUGCAGUGUUAUGAUACAAAUGCUGCUUUUUCCCUUGUCCUGUUUUGAAUUUUACUUGUUGGGAGUGAAAACUGAUUUACCCUAGUUGUCAAAUUUGUAAGUUUCCAAGUUGUAUAAAGUUGAGCGUACAGGCUGUA